CGACAAUGUAUCCAAAAGCCCAGCACCUCCAGAGCAUCCGAAUUCCUGCUGGGCCCGCACAACCACUGCAGAAGUGCGAUUUAUACUGAAAUGCUAGCGCGAUCUGGCUCUCUCUUCAACGCAACUGAUUGAGCGUUGCGCCUCGCGUAGUGUCCUUCCGCGCAUUCCUUCUCCCUCCGCUCACGAAAGCGUUCACCUUAUCCCUCUGAGCGGAUAUGAGUUGAGAGUUGCCCAUGAUGAUGGCUCCUAAGAACCCCCCGCAGUCUUUUAUAUCGAGCUAUGCUCCCCGAUUACGCACAUACGCCAAUUCUCUCCUCACACCAGUGAUCCAACCGGCAACAGCGCUCGCUGCACCUUCGGUACGGACAACCAAGCGAGGGACAACUGCAAUAAACUAUGCGGAGGACGGAUAUGAAGAUUACGAUGAAGAAGAUGAUGAUAACAGCAGGAGAAGGCCGACGGGUUUGAGGAGCAUAAGAAGGGAUGAGUCCGGGCAGCCAAAGCAAGACCAAGCGGAAAAGGUUGGGAAAGAAGUAAUAGCUCCGGUAGAUGCUCAAGGAAUAUGGAGAGAUUGGAUGGGCAAGGCAAGGACGGCUAAGCCAGACUUGCAAAAUUAUGCCCAGACAGCCUUGCCUUUGACGCUCGUCCCGAUCAGAAUCGAUCUCGACAUUCCUCCAUUCCAACCUUCAGCGCCUCUGCCAAUACCGCAUGGGACCGGCUAUGGUCAAAUCGAUAGUUCUCUACCGAUAUACAGACCACAAGAGAUGACUGUGCCAUAUCGACUGAAAGACAUCUUCCUAUGGAAUCUUCACGAAACUUUAACAACAACAGACCAGUUUGCACAGACCAUGGUUCAAGAUCUUGAUCUGCCAAACCGUGCACAGAUGGCUGGCGAGAUUAGCAAACAAAUCCGAACGCAACUGGAAGAGUAUGCUGGUGUUGCGCUUCAUCCUCUCUUCCAUUCACAACAAAUGUCCACAGCAAAUGGAAUUGUAACGACGAUCAAACAAGAAGCUUCACGAGAUGCGUCAGCAACACCAGCGGCCAGUGGAAAUGCGACACCCCUGCGUACUGUCACUACCCAAUCCCAUGGAUUACCCUCGCCUCUGAAGAAAACCGAGAACGGAGUCGCUGAAGAGAUCACCGCUGAGGCUGUAGCCAUUCCACCAGAGUCAGAUGAUUUCAAUCCUGAUGACAUGUACCGGUGUAUCGUCACACUGAACAUUAAUCUCUCGAAUCACCUAUACACUGACAAAUUCGAAUGGUCACUUCUUCACCCCCCAGGAACAGCUGAGAUGUUUGCAAAGCAAACUUGUGCUGACCUUGGCCUUCCCGGAGAAUGGGUUCCAGCAAUGACGCAUGCUAUCUAUGAAGCUGUUCUACGGCUCAAAAAGGAAGCCUGUGAGAGCGGUGGACUGGUCGGUGGAUAUGGUGGCGAGAUUCCCAAUGAGGCUGCGCACGGCGCCGAAGCUGGCUGGAGAUAUGACAACGAGCACUUAGCGGAUGAAUGGGAACCAAAGGUUGAGCAACUUUCGAAGGAAGAGAUCGAGAAGAGAGAAGGCGACAGAGAACGGCAGAUCAGAAGACUCAGACGAGAGACUGCUAGAUUCUCAUCGAGCACGGGAAUGAUGGGGGGAAUGCCACAGGCCACCGAAAACAGAGGUUUUUUCGAUCCCGAGCCAGUUGAAGAGCGAAUGGGCAGAGGCGAGCGGAGCAAGAAGAAGCGACGUUUCAGGAGUUUGAGUCCAGUUGGUAGGUCCGGUACCCCUGGAGGCCGAGGUACUCCUGAUAAUGGUGGCAUUGCCGGGUAUGGUGGCGGUGGUUCUCUCAACGACUAUGAACGAAACACGUGGAGAUGUUCUCACUGUAAAGUGUGGGGAACUGCGGUCUGGGCUGUCAGGGAUGGACCAUAUGGUCCUAGAACGCUCUGCAACAACUGCGGUUUCCUGUACGAACGUGAUCGCAAGCUACCAAAGUGGGCAAAAGAUCUACAUAAGAUAGAUCUUCGUGCCAUGGACUACCGAUGAAGACGGGGGAUGAGUUUAUUUACGUGCUUCAUUAUUGCGUCUCUACGGAUGGUAUCUUGGAGUCUGAGAUGGUGUGGGUGCAUUUUGCGUGCUUGAGAUCCCGUCGACUGGAAUUCGGGAAGGAGAAAAUGCUAGAGAUAGCGACAACGAUAUUGUACAGUAGUAGAGACUACCUAAUCAGUCUACUUUGACUUUAAAAGUUGCAACAAUGACUAUAUUUGAG